UCAGUCUUAGUUCGUGUUUAGAAUGUCGCACAACUGUCGAGGAUACAUCGCAUUGCAGCUGCUGCUUGCUCUGCUAUUGCAACAGUCGUUGCUGCAGAUCGUUGAAGCACGCUGCAGCAGACCCGAUGAUCUGGUCAAUGGCAACACAAUAAUGAGACGCACCAUGGUGCGCUUCCGAUGUAACACCCGCUAUACUCUCAUAGGACGAUCAAUCGUCAGCUGUACCUCGGAUGGACGUUUGACAGGCGAAGUCCCUUUCUGUGCCAGGGCGGGAUGUGUCAACCCGCCGCAUCCGGAGAAUGGUGAAAUUGAAAUACAGCGUGGCCUGAGUGCUGUGGUCAUAUGCAAAGAGGACUUUGUGGUCGCUGGCAAUGCUCUGGCCCACUGCAAUGGCAUUAACUGGGAUCGCCAUCUGGGCAUUUGCCGGCAUCGCAAUCACACGCAGGGCCACGCCUGUGACUUUGAGACCGAAGAUCUAUGCGGCUGGACCACUGAACUGGGUCUAAUUCAGCCCUGGCGACGUGUCGCCACCGUUGGCGAUUUCCAUAUGCAUCGCACGGGUCCGCGACACGAUCACACACUACAGCACUCCUAUGGCGGACACUACAUGCUGAUGGAGACCAAUGCGUAUGCCUAUGGCGCCCGUCACUUCGUCUCACCCAUUUAUCCCCGUGAGCUCAGUCUGAAGACAGCCUGCUGCUUCCGUUUCCAUUACUUUAUGUAUGGCUCCGGUGUUGGCAGUUUGGUGGUGUCCGUUAAACCCUCCCAGAUGAGACUGGAUGAAAUGUGGGAAUAUAAUGCACGGUAUCAAAAGUUUAACGUCACUGGCAAUCUGGCCAAUGAAUGGCGGGAGCAUACGAUUCGAAUCGACGAGAUGACCCAGGACUUUCAGGUGGUCUUCACGGUCACGAAUGCCAACUCGCGUUUGGGAGACAUUGCCAUCGAUGAUGUUAGUCUCAUUACGGGAAAAGAAUGCGGCAUGGGCAGUAUUACGACCACCACGGAGGAGCCUGUUACGGAGACUGACCUUGUUUUUGACUUUCAAAGUUGCGAAUCUCGUUGUAAUGCCUCGUAUAUACCAGAUGAAAUUCGGACUUUAUAUUUGUUUCUGGGUUGCGGAUGCGAUGAGCGGUGUAUUGAUAAUGGCAACUGCUGUCCCGAUUACUUUGCAGUCUGUGUAUUUCCUUUUGAGACGACAACCACAACAACAACCACAACGACAACAACAACUACAACGCCAAAGCCAACAACAACACCAACAACGACGACAACACCAACGACAACAACUGUCAAGGCAACACCAAAGACAACGCCAAAGGUAACUCCCAAAACAACACCAAAGACUACUCCUAAGACUACCCCCAAGCCCACUCCCAAACCGACUCCCAAACCGACUCCUAAGCCAACUCCCAAGAUCACCCCCAAGCCCACUCCAAAGACUACUCCAAAGACUACUCCCGAUCCUCUUUCUAAAACUACUCCAAAGGCUACUCCCAAGACUACUCCAAAGGCUACUCCCAAGACUACUCCCACGACUACCACCAAAAUAACGCCAAAGCCAACGCCACCAACAACACCAUCAACUACAACCCCAACAACAACAACAACAACAAGAGCGACACCAGUCACAACUAACACAACAACUACAACAAGUCAAGCCAAGUCGACAAAAGCAAUUCCAACAAAGACAACGCAAGCACCCAACCGUUCGCAUGGUAAAUACAGCUGGCCAGUGAGCUCGAAGGAUCUCGAAGGAGAAAGCGACAGGCAGAGCUCCUCGGGUUACGGACGCUUUAUGUGGUACUCACUUCUGACCAUCAUGCUGAUCAUUGUUUUGGCAAGCGUUCUUUAUCGCUGGCGACGACCCAACGGCGGUACCAUCGAAAAGGCUGUCAGUUUUCAAAAGACCCUGGCGACCAAGCUAAAGAACGCCGCGCUGGCGGGUGGAAAACGCUUGAGGAGAAGUGAAGCGAGUGCUCCGCUCUAUGAUAACGAGGAUGAUGAUGGCUAUGAUGACGAUGUGCAGUUUGAGGAAAUGGGCGUGGAUAUACGGGAUGUGACGCGGCUCUAACUCAAGUUAUUCUAACUCAAUUAAUUGUAUAAAUUCAAAACUCGUCAUACUUGUUAAAUGUACUAUAAAUGAAUACAAAUAAAGCAUCUGUUUAAAUAAAAAACAAG